CCGUGAUUCUUCAGCAUCCUGUUUGUGUGCUUGCAUUCUGCUUUGGUAUAGCCAUGGCUAUGGCGAUGGUGGUCAGGUGCAUUCGAAGUUGAGGGGUGGCAAGCGCGGGCCAUGGAGGCCAUACCUUAUUGGUCGGCGUCCGCAGAUCUCUCCAUGUACAAUUCGUAUACCAAUUCGUCUCAAACGUCGACCUUGUGGAAGAGCGAGGCUAGAGUUUCAAGAGGGCUUUCUGGAUGGAAAAGAGUCGAAGGGCACAUGUGUUUAACACCGAUUUCAGGUGACUUUUUGAAGAUUUCGUCAAAAAUUCGAUUAAAUUGCGUGUAUUCGAUUGAGAAUGUAACUAUCGAGAGCUGUAGGCUGUUACUUCGAAUUCGGGGAUUGAGCUCGUCAGGAAAAGUUAAUGGAGUUUUGAGCUUGUUGAGGAAGGGAAUCGGAGGUGGAAUUUCAGGAAGGCAUUCCGAAUGUGGGUGCUGUAAAGCUCGACGUGAGCUGAGGUUCGGAAGUCUUAGUGAUUCAAUUGACAUCAAGAGCUGGGCAAGUAUCCAAGUUCAGGGACCGAGAAGACCAUCUAAUAUAUCUAGAAGAUGGUACUUUCAUAAACUUAGAGUUAGAUGUGAUGCAAGAAGAGAAGAUGAUAGAGGGAGGCAAGUAGUGGUGGACCAUUACAAGGUGUUAGGCCUGCGCCGCCAAGCCACAGCCUCUGCUAUUAAGUUGGCCUACAGGCAGCUCGCGCGUCAGUUUCAUCCAGACGUGAACAAAGAUGCGGAUGCCAACGAGAAGUUUAUGAGCGUUCGUCAUGCAUAUGAGGUUUUAUCUGAUGAGGCAAGCAGGAAACUGUAUGAUAGCACUCUGCAAGAGCAAGUUAACAUUUCGCGAAGAAAACAAGUAUACCAAAGAAGAGAGAGAGACAUCUGGACGCGGACAAAUCAUAACAGAUCUCAAUACAGAAGAGGAUCGUAUGGGAAUGCAGAAUGGGGUUAUUCCAUGAACUCGUACGAAAACGAGCACUCCAACAUGGAGAGUUACUAUUACACUUAUCCUAGCAGUAGCGCUUUUGGCACCAAGAAGAAAAAACCAUUUAGAUAUCCCAGUCGUGGCACAUCCCAGGAAGAGGAAAUCAAGAACCAAGAUUCGCAAGUUGAGUGGCAGAGUAUGGGCAAGGAGUUUUUACUGUUCCUGUGGGUUGUUUCUGCUAUGUGGCAUGCUUUGGGCGCUCAAAUUGCCCUAGGACUGCUUCUAGGUUUCUUGGUCCUAUGGAAAGAUUUUGCAGUAGGUUACAAACUCGCUUCUGGCGUUGCGUGCCUAAUGGGAGGAGAGAAAGGGCUUGCUCUCAUGGUGGUUCUUAUAGUGUCCACGAGAAUCUUUGGAAGGGCUUAUCAUACUGUAGCCAUUAUACUUUCUUUAGCACUUUGGCUAGGAGGUGGAGCUCUCAAGACUGUGUCUUUACCACACGGAGCAAUCCUUCUGUUGGUUUAUAAGUGCAUUCAGUUGCAGCGGUCAGGAUCCACAUUGUAAGCCUCAGAUCGCAACUUUUAGUGCACGAGGUAGACUAUUGGACAUAUGGUAAUCACUGCACAAGCUAUACAAGGUCAAAUUCAUGAUGCUGGAUUUCUUGCAAGUCGCUAUGGACGUAUCUGGACGGAUCGAACUAUGAGGGAAGCGUUGCAUUGUUAGUCAGCUGAGUUGGAUCAGGUACAACUUGGCCUCUGGGUUUUGACAGAAUUAUAGACCUUCUAUCUAUUGAUGGGAGUUGGUGCUGUUGACAUCAUCUCUUAUUUCCUCUUCAUUUCCAUGUAUGGAUCUAUGUGUGGCGGUGAAACUGCAACCAUCCUCGUGUGUAGAUUCUCCAUCAAGGAUGGUUAGAUGCUGAGAAGCAAUUUAAUGGAGGUUCUGAGCCAUUUUUCCGUUACUUUUGUGUAAUGCCGAAUAUGGAAUUGGAGACUUUGUUGGACUUGUUGAAUUUUUCAGGGGUCGAACAUCACAUUAACAUUCAGGUACGAUGAUUCAAUUUCUUCCUUUGCCUCCUGGAUUUUAGUCACUUCUUAGAGGGAUUUGUAUUAAAUAAUUUAAAACUGCAUUUAGAAAGAAUUUAUUCUCUUGUAGAAAUAAGUUGUAUGUGAGAUUUUGUCAUGCUUUGUAAUGCCUUUGAAAUAAAAACCAAUAAUAUUAAUGCUGACAAAAUCAACAUCCUCUUGAAGAUGCUAGUUGUUAUCUGUUAUAGAGUUGCGAUUUGUGCCCUACUUAUAUUUAUAUCUUGGGCAAGUUUUAUACCAUUUUUACUUUAAAAAAAGCUAGUAUGGACAUAUGUGUCUUUACAUACAUAUAUUAGCAAUAUAUUUGCAUAGGAAACUCUUGUUUUGUUUUGGAAAUAUUAUGUUAUAAUUAAUCAUCAAUGUGUAAUAAAAGCACUACAAUUGGGAUGGA